AUGCAUUUUUUUGUUCAUGAAGAAAUUAACCUUCUUGAGGCAGCAUAAGAUGGAAAAUUGGAUUUUAUUAAAAAACAAUUGCUCUCUUUAACUUCAAAACAGCAGGAUUCAUUAACUUCUAAACACCUUUAAGAUGCAUGUAAGAAAUCUGAUUAUUAUGGAAGAAAUGCCUUACAUUAUGUAAAUAAAUACUUUAUAAAGGCUGCUUAUAGAGGACAUUACGAUGUUGUAGAGUAUUUUCUCGAUCUUCAUUGCCUUGAUCUGAAUUCGAAGGAUAACUAAGGGAAUUCAGCUCUUAUGUUGGUUUGUGUAAGAGGAUACAAUUAGGACAUUGAUGAAUCUACUAUUAAACCCAGGGAUAAGUAAUUGAUAGCAGAAACGAAAUACAAAAUAGCUAAAUUACUUUUAUAAAGGGGAGCCACGCUAGGCGAAUAUUUAAAAGACUAUAUAAAUAAUCCAUUGCAUUGGUCUUGCUUUUACGGUGAUUUUAAGUUAACCCAGUUGUUAUUAUGGAAAAAUCCUAAUCUAAGUAAGAAUAAUUCUAAGAUAGUGCUGAAGAAGAACGAUAGAAAAUAGUUUCCAAUUGACGUAGCAUUAAUGAAAGGGAAAGAUCAAGAGACUCAGAAAAAGGUGGUCAAAUACUUAAUAGUUAAAUUCUUGGCUCAUUACUUCAAGAGUGAGCAACAUAUUCAGUAGUUAAAAAGUUUAGAUGAAAAUAUGGAGGAAAGCGAAUUUGAACUCAAUUAGGAAGAGAUACAUAAGGAUACAGUAGACAGACGCAAGUAUGAAAUGGUUGGUCUGAAUUACUUGUUUUGGGCAAGUGUUUUAGGCGAUUUGGAGUUGGUGAAACCAUUAUUAAAAUAAUAAUUCUCUCCAUUUGCUCCUUCAUAUAAAGGAAGAAAUGCAGUUCAUGCAGCUGCCUACCAUGGACAUGAUAAAUUGGUAGAACUCUUUUUUGAAUCUGAGAAUUAAAUUAAAAAGUUUAAUGUUAAGAAAUUGGUCAACAUAAUGACAAUAGAAAAGCCGUAAUCAGCCCUACAUAUUGCAGUUGAAUAAGGACAUGAAAAGAUUGUGAGGUACUUAAUUAAAAUAGGUGCAGAUCAUCACUUAUAUAAUUUUAGAAAUUAAACAGCCUUUGCAUCUUCAAGAUCAGUAGCCAUUAAGGAAUUAAGAUAAACAUUAUUGAAAACAGAGAAGAACUUAAUUAAAAGUGGUUACAAAUAUGUACUGGUCGGAACUAAUGCAAGUGAAAAUUUAGUAAAAUAGCAAUUGGACAAUAUUAAGACUAAAGUGAAGGUAGGUAAAUUUAAGGCAGUGCCUAUAAGAUCUUAUGAUGAAUCUUGUUUCUAUUAUAUUAUUAAGGUCUCAAAUGAAUUGAAAAAUCUAGUUGCUGAUUAUGAGAAGAUGAUGAUCUAUAAUUUUAAGGAAGGGAUAAUUUGUCAAUUCGACAGAAAUAAAGCAGAGACAUAUGAAAAUUUUCAUCAUUAUCAUGAUCAAUAGAUUAUUUUGUCCUUAUUGUAUGACGAAUUUGAUUUAGAUUAGUUCCUUCAUGAUAAAUUGUUAUUAGAUCACUUCCCAUUGCAUGAUGAUGAGGAGAAGGUACUGAUCUAUAAUUAAUGGAAAAGAGAGAAAUGGGAACUACUCAAAGAACCAUUAUCAUUGAAAUCAAAUUAAUGUAGAACACCAAGUGCUAUUAAAGCAUAUUUUGGAGCAGAAGUGGGAUUCUUUUUUGUUUUUUUAAGUUUUUUCACCACUUGGCUAUUCCUUCCAGCUGUACCAGGCAUAAUGCUUGGGGUUUAUGUCUAUGCAACAAAUGAAAUUAAUUCUUUAUUUGUUCCAAUCUACACUAUAGCAUUAGCUGUUUGGGCAACUAUCUUCUUUGAAUUUUGGAAGAGAAAACAAAGUGAAAUGAUGUUUCAAUUUGAUAUGCAUGUUGAGACUGAAGAAAAAUAGACAAUUCCAUCAUUCAAAGGACAAUUUUGGAUUGAAGAUGUCACUCACAAGAUUGAAAUUAAAUAUUCUACUAGAGACAGAUGGAAAUACUAUAAAUCAGUCACGCCUUUGGUGCUUUUGGCUGUAAUAUUGAUUGCAGGGGAGUAGAUUGGUUACUAUUAUAUUAUUCAAUUGAAAGAACGCACUACUGAAUUUACUAUACUUUGUUCUAUUGGUUUGGGUAUAUCAAUAAAAAUUACUAACGAAAUAUUUAAUUAUUUUGCAAGAUUGUCACUUGAAUAUGAAAAUCAUUAGUAUCAAAAUGAAUUGGAAGAUGUCUACAUAAUAAAGGUGUUCUCUUUUGCUUUUUUGAAUUCCUUCGGUCGUUUAUUCUACAAGUCUGUCAUUGAUCCAGACGCAGAUGAAUUAAAUAUCAUGUCUAUUACAUUUACUAUUGUAUGGGCUGUCAUGCACUAUCUUAGAUUUACGAUUGUCCCUUUGAUUCAUUACUCAAUUAAGAAGUACUUCUUGAAUAAAGAAUUCGAAUUGUUUCUGGAAGGGAAAUGGAGAAAAAUGUACACUUCAUAGAUGGCCAGUAUUUUAGAUAAUGAAACUCAAAAUCAGACCAACAAAAGCUUUGACAGAAAAAGCAUGGGCUAUAAAAAGUUCCUUAGAUCAGUUGAAUAGAAUAAGAUUAUGAUUCCUACUCCCAAUCAUGUUGAUCAAUUUACUUAUUUUAUUCUCCAAUUUUGCAUGGUUACUAUGUUUAGUGCCAGUUCGCAAUUAAUACCCAUAGCUAUUUUGUUAUUUAAUAUUAUCAAUUUAGAUGGUCUCCUUUAUGGUUUCAUUACUUUUGUAAAGAGACCCAGAGCUGAAGCUAAGAAAUCAAUUGGAUUAUGGAAUAGCGUAUUACUCAUUGUCGGAUACAUAGGUACAAUAAUCAAUUGUUUGACAAUUUACUAUGCAAAUUAAGAUCAAUUGAAUAAUUUGAUUGGCAAAGUAGAUGAAACAGAUGAAUCAUCACAAGCUCUUCGAAAUUUCUUACUUCUUAUUGCUGCAGAACACAUCGUAAUUGGGCUUAAGUUUAUAAUUGAAACUGUGAUUCCUGAUGAGCCAGGAUGGGUGACCAAAGUCUUGAAAAGACAAGAAUACUUAUUGGAACAAAUGAUGAAAAAUGUCGAAAAUGAUGGUUCUUAAUGUGAAAAAUUAAAAGAUGAUUGA